ACCGUCAAACGCGUUUCGUAAUCACAUGUCCCACACGGGGCCCUGUAUGACGCGCGCUGCGGAGAGCUUGAAGCGCGACAGACACAAACACACGCGUGCCAGCAGCGCGUUGAUAACGCGGAGUUUCUGCAUCUCUGCAUUCAGCAGCAGCAGCAGCAGAGAGUGCGUGAUAAAGAGCAGUCAUGUCCGAGACGCUCAAGAGGAGCAGGAAGCGUUUCGGAGGACACGCGCACAAGAAACACAGGGGCGCGCGCGAGCUGCAGGUGGGCGCGCAGGGGGUACUCAUCACCUGCAACAUGAACGAGCGCAAGUGCACGAGCGAAGCCUUCAGCCUGCUCAACGAGUACGCGGACGCGCUCUACGGCCCCGAGCAGGACAGUCUCAGUGAGGAUGAGGAGGAUGAUGAAGACGCCGAAGCUGCUCUGAAGAAGGAAGUGUCUCAGAUACAGUCAUCUAUGAAGACGCAUCAGCAGAGGUUCAGUGCGGUGGACAGCGGAGCUCAUAACGUGGUGUUCAUUCGCACUCAUGGAGUCGACCCAGAGCAGCUGGUCCAUCACAUUCUGUCAGACCUCUAUCAGACGAAGAAGAGGAAGUCCCGUGUGAUCCUGCGCAUGCUGCCGGUCAGUGGCACGUGUAAAGCGUUUCCCGAGGACAUGGAGAAGUUUCUGAGUGUAUUUCUGGAGCGCUGGUUCAGAGCGCCGCUCCGUGCCACCUACCAGAUCUGCUUCAAAGCCCGAAACAGCAGCCACAGCAAGAGAGAGGAGGUCAUCAAAGCCGUGGCUGGUCUGGUGGGGAAGCUGAACCCGCUGAAUAAGGUAGAUCUGACCAACCCUGAGCUCUCCAUCAUCAUCGAGAUCAUCAAGACGGUCUGCUGCGUCAGCGUCCUCAAGGACUACACGCUCUACCGCAAGUACAACCUGCAGGAAGUAGCCAAGGAGCCAGCCAAUCAGAACACUGGCCCGCAGGAAGCAGCCAAUCAGAGCACAGGCCCGCAGGAAGCAGCCAAUCAGACGCAGGAACACGGGGAUGGAGAGAAAGCUGAUGGGAGUGCAGAGAGCCACAAUAUCUCCGCCGGCAAUGGGACGAAGGAGGCGGAGCUUGAGUGAAUGUUUGUCAUGUGACUGUGGCUGUUUUUAAAAUAAUUUUUGCACAGUUUGUGUGUUUUGUUUUUUAAGCAGUGAAUUUGACUGUCCUGUGUUUUUACUUCUGUUUGUUGGGUGACAUUAACAGUUUCUGUUCGUUGUACGGGACUCUUGUCAUUUUGGAGACAUUUUUCUCUGAAAAUAAGACAGAGGUGUGGAAAUCAAAUAAAACAACUGAAAU